ACAAACCUGUUCCUUCGGUCCUUACCAAUAAAAAGCUGCAAUUGCAUUUCUGCGAUUCAGCCUGUUCCUCCGGUUCUCACAACUCAUCAAGAUUGAAGAAUGGGUCAAGCUCUCGGUUGUGUUCAAGUAGACCAGUCGAAUGUGGCCAUCAAGGAGCAAUUUGGAAAAUAUAGUGACGUGCUGCAACCUGGAUGUCACUGCUUGCCUUGGUGUAUUGGGUUCCAGAUAGCUGGUAAGCUAUCACUACGAGUGCAGCAACUUGAUGUUCGAUGUGAAACAAAAACAAAGGAUAAUGUAUUCGUAAAUGUGGUUGCGUCUGUGCAAUAUCGUGCCUUGGCUGAGAAAGCAUCGGAUGCUUUCUAUAGGCUUACCAACACCAGGGAACAGAUCCAAUCAUAUGUUUUUGAUGUUAUAAGGGCGAGUGUGCCAAAGUUGGAGUUGGACUCUGUCUUUGAGCAGAAAAACGAAAUAGCGAGAGCUGUAGAAGAGGAGCUUGCAAAGGCUAUGUCUACUUAUGGAUAUGAGAUUGUUCAGACUCUUAUAGUUGAUAUAGAGCCUGAUGUUAAUGUCAAGCGAGCAAUGAAUGAGAUCAAUGCAGCUGCUAGGCUGAGGUUGGCUGCCAAUGAAAAGGCUGAAGCGGAGAAAAUACUGCAGAUAAAGAAAGCUGAGGGAGAAGCAGAGUCCAAAUAUUUGUCCGGACUUGGAAUUGCUCGCCAACGUCAAGCCAUUGUGGAUGGGCUGAGGGACAGUGUGCUAGCUUUCUCGGAAAAUGUACCCGGUACUACAGCUAAAGAUGUCAUGGAUAUGGUGUUGGUGACUCAAUACUUUGACACCAUGAAGGAGAUUGGGGCAUCCUCAAAGUCCUCAUCCGUGUUCAUACCACAUGGCCCAGGUGCAGUGAAGGAUAUUGCUGCGCAGAUUCGGGAAGGUCUCCUUCAGGCCAAUGCUUCCUAGAAUCUGAUGAACUGAGCUCUUUUGUAAUGGUGAAUGGCCAGAUAUUUUGCAUGUCUAGUUUAUUUGUGGAAUACUUGUGAGUAGAUGCUUUAUAUGUAAUUAAUAGAUCAAGUCAAUGCUUCUUUUACUUUGAAUAAUUGUUUUAGUACUUUGUUUGUACAGCAGAUUGUCCAUUAUACAUAUUCUUGAGUGCUAAUUUGUGCCA